AACGAGCCAUUAUCUCCUAAUCAUCGGGAUCGAUCAGGCGUUAACAAGGGUCUCUACAUGUGCAAAUUGCGCGAGGGCCAGGGCCCUAUAAAAGCGGGGCCUUGGUGUGAGAGCUGCCACAACAUUAUCCCUUUCGACAUCACUUGGUUUAACAGGUUAUUGAGCAGCACUGCCAACAUGGUGAAGUACUUUUCUGUGGAAUGGCUGGCCCAAAGCCACCACAGCACCACGAUGACUGAUGAGCGCAUAAUCCGCACAGAUUCUGCGCCAAUAUGCAGACCUCAUGUUCCCUGCAUGGUGCAGCCCCGCGCGCCGACUUAUGGCAGAGGUUACCUGCAGGCAAAACCCAAACCGUCCAAGCCCGCUCAGCAGGCAGAGCAGGAACCCAGCUCAUGCUCACCUUUGCAUUCAAUAAACUGCUCUUCGCCAAUUUCAGAAGUCAGCGGAUAUUCCUCUGGGUAUGAGAGUGAAGCCGCGUCCUCUGACAGUCUCUCCGUGGAUGAAGGGGGCGAGGUGGAGAAAGACGGACCGCAGCGCCGUCUGCGCACAAAGUUCACCCCCGAACAGAUCAGCAAACUAGAAAAUAUCUUCAGCAAGCACAAAUACCUGGAUUCUGGAGAAAGAGUGAAGACGGCGCAGAAGCUCAACCUCACGGAAACUCAGGUGAGGACCUGGUUUCAGAACAGGAGGAUGAAGUUGAAACGAGAAGUUCAGGACUACCUCGCUCCACAAAUCCAGUCCGUGACUUUCCAGCCUUUACCCUCAGUUCAGUACCACGUAGUGGCCGAACAACGACCCCAAUACGCGGCGACUGGCCGGGCCCUUUACACGCUUCCCGUACCAGAGCUGGUCCUCCAGCGGCAGAUGCCUCUUCAUCAGUCGCCUCGUCUUAUGAUCCAGCACCAACGUUUCUACUAA